AUGUCCCAAGCUAAUAACCUUACCAUACUUUUACAAUCUUGGGACCAUCCUGACAGUAUCCAUCUCCGCUCUAAACAGCGUGCCGAAAUACUCUCUCUCGGCGGCGAUGAUCCAGGCACUCCUCCAACCGCGUCUAACGUGCCAAUAUUCCUUGUCGCGUAUCUGUCUGGUGUCCCAGUGGGAUGCGGUGGCCUUCGACCAUUGCAAGAUCUUCUUCGGCUAGGGUACGGCAGUGCUGCUGAAAUCAAAAGGAUGUUUGUCGAUCCAGCACAUCGAGGGGUCAUAGAAAACGGCACAUCAAUCGCGCAACGGAUACUUGGGGAGCUCGAAGCGCAAGCGAGGGGAAGGGGAUGGUCUGUGUUGGUAUUAGAGACUGGAGACUUCCUGGUAGGAGCCAGACGGUUCUACGAGAAGUGCGGGUUUAUCCCUCGAGGGAAGUUCGGGAGCUACACUGAUGCAACACACAGCGUUUUCUAUGAGAAGUCGCUUGGAGAAGUGUAG